UAUUUUUCCAUAUUCAACUUUCAAAUACGUCAAAUAUCAUUUAUUCAGAAUGAAAAUCAGAAUUAUUCUUCAAAAAUUAACUCAAAAAUAAUGUAGAUAAUUUUCGUAACGUAACAAAAGAUAAAUUUACUGUACAAAUUCACAAUGGGUACCAUUAGAUAUUGCAGCCAAAUCAAAAAUCUGAAUCACAUUUUGGCCGCGAGCAACCAUAGUAUCGGACAAGCUAUUGUAUCAGCACGUCACAAGAGUUACUCUAAGGACAAGGAUUGCUGUCGGGAAUUGACGCAGGGUGAGGGUAAAACGGUGGUGCCGUGGCCACGUGCACCCAUGUGGCCCUGCAACUUCCCCGAGGAGCCGCAGCCCCCUAACUACGACCCUUACAAGAUUAAAUCACCAGACGUUGUCGUGCCACCCCUCCCACCCAGCAACGCCAAGCCCAUGCUGGAGUGCAGCCGCCAAAAGGGUCCGUGCUCGAUGAAGCCGGUGCCAGACCCGCCGCCCUGCCCACCCCCUCCACCACCGCCCUUCCCCUGGAUAUACGUGUGGGGUCUGGCCUCUUUCCUAGGGACUGUGGGCUUGAUUUACAAAUUAUAUUUAUGGAAAGAAGAGCAAGAUAAACUUGGUGAAAAUAUACCAAUAUGGCGUCCAAGGCGGGUAAUAAAGCGGCCAUUCCACGAAAAGGAUCUACCACCUUGCGUUCAGUAUUUGAUUAUCGGCGCUGGCGCGGCAGGUUGGGCUGCCUACAACUCUAUUAUGGAACAUGAUAAAACUGCUAAGGUGUUCUUCGUAGCCAAAGAAGACUGCUUACCGUACAAACGACCUCCGAUGUCUAAAUACAUGUGGUGGAACCCGGAGCCGCCUGAUAUCAAGAACCUUUAUUACGUUCAGGAUUGGAAGAAGAAAACCAUGUAUUUGUCCGAGUGCCAAAACUUUUUGGACCCGGUGAAGUUUUACCGCAAGAAGACUGGUCCAGCGCUUUCCAUAGCGACUGGAUGGUGUGUGUUGCGCGUGGACGCCGACAGCCACGUCGCCUGGAUCAAGACGCUCUGCGGCGAACAGCCCAUGUACUACGAGCGGUGUUUAAUAGCACCAGGAUCUAAACCGAAGCAGCUAUCGAUGUUCAAGAGUGCGCCGAAGGCUGUGCGUGACCGCGUGUGCACUCUGCGUACUAUCCGUGACCUGGAGAUUGCGUACAGGAGUGUUAAGAAGUCGAAGCACGUGGUGGUGAUUGGAGGGGGCCCGCUCGGCUGCGAGCUCGCCUGGUACCUCGCCAGAAUGAAUAAAUUAGACAAGGAGCUAGACCCGGAUCACGAGCCAAUUAAUAUAGUUCACGUGUACAAGGAUAAAGGCAUCAUGGCGAGCGUGAUACCGGAGUACUUGGGCGAGUGGGCCGCAGAGAAGAUAAGAAAGGAAGGCGUCACCAUACGGCCUAAAACCCAAGUGUAUGACGCCUUCCAGUCAGAAGACGGCAGGCUUGAAUUGACAUUGUCUGAUGGAUCAUCGUUAGUCACAGAUUAUGCGUUUGUGGCGGUGGGCUCUCAGCCAUGUAUGGAACUAGCUGAACCUUCUUAUCUCGAGGUGGAUGAUGUCAAUGGAGGCUUCUUGGUGAACACGGAGUUGAUGGCGAGGACGCAUCUAUACGUGGCUGGUGACGCGGCGAGCUUCUACUCGCAGUGGAAGGAUACGCGGCUGCGGCUGGAUCACUACCUGAACGCACAAGAGCAAGGCUACGUGGCGGGCGCCAACAUGACCGGCUACUGGACGCCCAGCAAUAUGGAGCCCCACUACUGGCUCCGGCUUGAGGAGGAGCUGCAGAUGGAGGUUGUAGGCGAGGUGGGAGCGUGUAUGCCAACGAUAGCCAUCUUCAAGCAGUGCGCAGAGGAAGCGGCUAAGGAGACGCAAGCGUCGGCGCCGGCGAAUAGCGGCGGCGGGGAUAGACCUUGUUAUAAAAAGAGCAACGAGUACCAGACCCGGUACCUGCGGGGUCUACUGAUGUACAUGCGCGAUGAGACCGUGGUCGGCUUCGUCUUUUGGAACAUGCCGCCAAUAGACGACCGCGCGGCUGUCGCUACUGAGAUUUUGCGCGCGAAGCCAUCGUACAAAGACAUCGACCUGAUCGCCGAACUACUCGGCUUUGUUGACACCAAGUGUAUCUACAAAAAGCAGGAGGAACUGAUAGAGAAGGGCCCAUGCAUCAAGAAUUGGAGAACAUUCUAGAAUAAAGAAAACCAAAGGCUUGCAAAUAUAUCCGUUUCUGGGCAUAGUGUUUUGAUAAAUUUUGUAAUAGAAUAAAGUGAAAUGUUUUUUUUUA